GGGGCUGCGAGGAGCGGUGGGGCCGCGGCCCGGCGGGGGGAGGCCGCGCCCGUGAGGUGAGUGAGGCGGCGGCGCGGCCCGCGGGGGAAAACGCGACCCCCGGUUGAGGCGCUGCGGCUGCCGGGGCGUGGGCUGCUUCGGGCGGCCGCGGCUCGGGAAGCGGGGAAGCCGAGCGCUUUGUGUUGUGUUGUGUUGUGUUGGUGGGUGGGGGCUUUGCCUCUCCGUGCCGUCCCGAGGUCCGUUUCUCGCUAACGAUGAACGCGAAUAGGCGGCUUCUUUUCAGAGCUCGGGUAUUUAUAGGCUGUUAGUGGAACUUUGAGUGGCCUAACGCAAACAGCGUGCUUUUUUUACCCUGAGGGACUUUGUUGCUGUUCCUUACAUUACUACGGUAUCAGAACUACUGCUGCUGGUGUUGCUCGAAGUUCUUUUCAUCAGUCGGUUUUAUUUUUUCUCGAAGGCUUUAAGAAUCCGCCUGCACAGAGGUUGCCCCGUAAACACCGCGUGGUCGCGGUAUGCACACGUGAGGUGUGUUGAGAAGUGGGCGGUGUGGGCUGCGGGACUUCGCUUGAGGCCUUUCUGCAGGGAGCCCGGAGUGGUGGACUGACUCUGGGAUCUGAAUUUCUCGGUGCUUUAAUAGGGAAGGCUGAGUUCUGGACUGUCACUUACCUGUACCCAUACGUUCGGAGCUGUAGUGAGUUUCCAAAUUCAUCGUGCUGGGAAAGUUCUUCACUUUUGCCAGUUGUUCUUUAAUUUACCCUUCUCUCAAGUAACUCACAGGGAUGUUCUCAGGGCUUUUGCUUCAGUUCCUUCUAUGCCACAAUUCUAUAAUGCAGUGCAAUAAUCAAAGUCCAGCUCUUGCUGUGCAUAAACAACGUGAGCGCCCAGGAAUAUUCCAGUCCUCAGGAUGAUGGGCUUUAAUGGUUUAUACACUGUAGGGAACUCAUUGGAUAAUUUGUUCUGAAAUAGUGCUCGGUGCAAACACAAAAUUUCAUAAUAAGUGACAUUGUUCUCCAGCAACAAAGCUCUUCCAGAGCUGCAGUUUGGAAGCAUAUUUUAACAAUGUCACCGUGAAGCCCCACAUCAACGAAGCUCAUAGUGUUUACAGGGGAAUUGGUGAGACCACACAACUCUGCCUGUGAUCUGGGAAGUAUUGUCUUUGUCAUUAAGACAAUAAACACAGCAGCUUCAGAGGCUCAGCUGGAGUUCUGCUGGAGCAGGUGCCCUGAAUUUCAGGGGUGUGAACUUGAUGCCAUUCUUAGCAACUUGGAGACAACGUUUCUUGUUUUUCAGAGCGCUAAGCCCAGCCUACAGACCCACACCCAGAUGUUUUAGCUGUUCUGCUGCUUCCAAUUCUCAUUCCAUUUGAAUGGCAGAAAUGUAUUGCUUUUUGUUACAGCUUGCUUCCACUGAUAAUGAAACUGAGUGUUUUGGUUUCACUUUGUUUUCUUUUCUGGAGUAUUCUUUGGAAAAGGUGGUGUAGCCGAGCUGUUUACAAAGCAAUUGUGCUUUAUUGGAAGUCAUAAAGCAGCUCAAUACCUAGUUAACUGUUUCAGUGCCAGUCAGAAUUAACUGCUCUCUGGAAGCAAGUGGGGAAUAGUUGCUUCUGGACAGCUGUUGUAAGAAGUUGCUGGAAGAUUUGGAAUAGGAUUUAUGCAAAAGCAAGAGUUUCAUACUUUCACCAUCAUUCUGCUUCACAAAACCAAGUAGGCUAUAAGAGCUUUUCAGGUAUUGGAAGAAAAGAAUACCUUUAAAAGGUGUUAUAAUGUGAAGAACAAACUUCUUUCUGAUCGCAGUUGUUCCUUGUGUUUAAAUGCAUGCUGUGCUCGCUCGUGUCAUAAAGUCUUAAACAACGUCAGUAGCCAUAACAUUACACUCAGAAAAAGAUGCAUGACCUGUUACCUCUGGAUGAGGGGGAACUAAGGCUUUCCAUUUAUCUUUAACUUUGAUACUGAAGAUGAAACAGUCAAAACUGAUGCUAAUUUUUUCUCUUGUGGUAUAUAACCAGAGCCGGAAUAUUAAUUGAAGUAAUGCAAUGAAGGUUAUUCAUUCAUAUUAUUCUUUAUUACCUACAAUUUUGUAACUACUGGAAAACAUGUGAGAUUUAGUCAAUCUCCCAGAUGAGAAAAAAUGGGCCGUGGUGUGUUCUGUGCAUGUAAAUGGGGGGGAGGAGGAGCAUUAGAGAGAGGAAGUGUUUGUACUUCCACAAACUGAAGGAACAGGCUGAUGGCUUGAAGUGUAAGUUAAGCAGACAGGAUGAUAUCACAAGCAACUGCAAGGUGAUUUGAGAUGUGCGACCAUCAUUACAACAGCUUCAAAUGUCUUGAUGUCCUGGUGUGUGAGCCAUGAUUUAGAAGGAAACAAAACGCUGGGAAGAUGUGUUUUUGGCUGUUAGAUCCCCCUGCGUGUUGUUUCCCUUGAGCUGCUGUUUGAUCAGAUAAGAAAUUCUGCGUAUUUGUGCCUCUUCUGUAGAAGGAUAAAGACAAAAAUAACACGUGCCAGCUUGGCAAGCAGGAAGAACAAAAGGACAGGACUGAAAAUAUCCCAUCGGAGGCAGUGUCACCAUCACCACGCAGCAGGCUGGGACAGCAGCAACAUUAGACAGGCAGCCCGGCCUCGUUUUCUUCAUGUUUUUUUGUUAGGUGGUACGUAAUAGAAGAACUUCCUCUUUGCGAAGCCUGAAGAGUAGUAGAAGGUGCUUGUGGAUGACAGAUAAGUCUCCUAAAGUGACUAAAAUGAUUUAGAUUUUUCCCUGGACUGGCCCACAGACUUGCAUGGUUUAACUCAUACGAAUCACUGCUUGAAAGACUUCAAGUACAAAAUUAUUGAAAGACUUAAAAAUGCCACCCCGACCAUCAUCUGGUGAACUAUGGGGCAUCCACUUGAUGCCCCCGAGGAUCCUUGUGGAGUGUCUUCUCCCAAAUGGAAUGAUAGUGACUCUAGAAUGCCUCCGUGAGGCCACACUGCUAACUAUCAAACACGAACUUUUUAAAGAAGCAAGAAAAUACCCUCUCUAUCAGCUCCUUCAAGAUGAAUCUUCUUACAUUUUUGUAAGUGUUACGCAAGAAGCAGAAAGAGAAGAAUUUUUUGAUGAAACACGGAGACUUUGUGACCUGCGGCUAUUUCAACCUUUCCUAAAAGUCAUUGAACCAGUAGGUAACAGAGAAGAAAAGAUCCUUAAUAGAGAAAUAGGUUUUGCUAUUGGCAUGCCCAUCUGUGAGUUUGACAUGGUUAAGGAUCCUGAAGUACAAGAUUUCAGAAGAAACAUUCUUAAUGUUUGUAAAGAAGCAGUAGAUCUUCGAGAUGCCAAUGCUCCACAUAGUAGAGCAUUAUAUGUCUGUCCUCCAAAUGUAGAAUCUUCACCUGAGCUACCCAAACACAUAUACAAUAAACUAGAUAAAGGGCAAAUAAUAGUGGUGAUAUGGGUAAUAGUUUCACCUAACAACGAUAAGCAGAAGUACACCUUAAAAAUCAAUCAUGACUGUGUGCCUGAGCAAGUUAUUGCUGAAGCAAUUAGGAAGAAAACACGAAGUAUGUUGCUGUCAUCUGAACAACUGAAGCUUUGCGUGUUGGAGUACCAGGGCAAGUAUAUUCUGAAAGUGUGCGGCUGUGAUGAAUACUUGCUAGAAAAAUAUCCACUGAGCCAGUAUAAGUACAUAAGAAGUUGUAUAAUGCUUGGUCGCAUGCCCAAUCUCAUGCUGAUGGCUAAAGAAAGCCUAUAUACCCAGCUGCCGCUCGAUACCUUUACAAUGCCAUCUUACUCCAGGCGUAUCUCUACAGCUACACCCUACAUGAAUGGAGAAGCUACAGCCAAGUCCCUCUGGACUAUAAACAGUGCUCUCAGAAUAAGAAUCCUCUGUGCAACCUAUGUAAAUGUGAACAUUAGAGACAUUGACAAAAUCUACGUUAGAACAGGUAUCUACCAUGGAGGAGAACCUUUAUGUGACAAUGUGAAUACUCAGAGGGUACCUUGUUCUAAUCCCAGAUGGAAUGAAUGGCUGUCGUAUGACAUGUACAUUCCUGAUCUUCCACGUGCUGCUCGGCUCUGCCUCUCUAUCUGUUCUGUUAAAGGCCGGAAGGGUGCUAAAGAGGAGCACUGUCCAUUGGCUUGGGGAAACAUAAACAUGUUUGACUACACGGACACUCUUGUAUCUGGGAAAAUGGCUUUGAAUCUUUGGGCAGUACCCCAUGGACUGGAGGAUUUGUUGAAUCCUAUAGGUGUUACUGGAUCAAAUCCGAAUAAGGAAACUCCAUGUUUAGAGCUGGAAUUUGAUUGGUUUAGCAAUCCUGUUAAGUUUCCAGAUAUGACAGUGAUUGAAGAACAUGCCAAUUGGACGAUCUCACGUGAACUGGGCUUUAACUACAGCUAUGCGGGACUGAGUAACAGAAUAGCUAGAGACAAUGAAUUAAGAGAAAGUGACAAGGAGCAACUGAGAGCCAUAUGUACGCGAGAUCCUUUGUCUGAAAUCACUGAGCAAGAGAAGGACUUCCUCUGGAGCCACAGACACUAUUGUGUAAAUACGCCAGAAAUUCUGCCCAAAUUACUUCUGUCUGUUAAAUGGAAUUCUAGAGAUGAAGUGGCUCAGAUGUACUGUUUGGUAAAAGAUUGGCCUCCAAUCAAGCCAGAGCAAGCAAUGGAGCUUUUGGAUUGUAAUUAUCCAGAUCCAAUGGUGCGAGCUUUUGCAGUUCGGUGUCUAGAGAAGUACUUAACAGAUGACAAACUGUCUCAGUACUUAAUCCAGCUAGUACAGGUUCUGAAAUAUGAGCAGUACUUAGAUAAUCAACUCGUGAGAUUUUUACUCAAGAAGGCACUGACCAAUCAACGGAUAGGACACUUCUUCUUUUGGCAUUUAAAGUCUGAAAUGCACAAUAAAACUGUAAGUCAGAGGUUUGGUUUACUUCUGGAGUCCUAUUGUCGAGCAUGUGGAAUGUACCUAAAGCAUCUGAGCAGGCAGGUGGAGGCUAUGGAGAAGUUGAUUAACCUCACAGAUAUUCUCAAGCAGGAAAAGAAAGAUGAGACCCAGAAGGUGCAGAUGAAGUUUCUUGUUGAACAAAUGAGACGUCCAGAUUUUAUGGAUGCUUUACAAGGCUUUAUCUCUCCUCUUAAUCCUGCUCAUCAACUGGGAAAUCUUCGGCUUGAGGAGUGCAGAAUAAUGUCAUCUGCAAAAAGGCCCCUGUGGUUAAACUGGGAAAACCCAGAUAUUAUGUCUGAAUUGCUAUUUCAGAACAAUGAGAUAAUCUUUAAAAAUGGAGAUGACUUGCGUCAAGACAUGCUGACACUUCAGAUAAUUAGAAUUAUGGAAAACAUCUGGCAAAACCAAGGUCUUGAUCUUCGGAUGUUGCCUUACGGUUGUUUGUCUAUUGGUGACUGUGUGGGACUCAUUGAGGUAGUGAGAAGUUCUCAUACAAUCAUGCAGAUUCAGUGUAAAGGAGGCUUAAAGGGAGCAUUGCAGUUCAACAGCCAUACAUUGCAUCAGUGGCUCAAGGACAAGAACAAAGGAGAAAUGUAUGAUGCAGCUAUUGACUUGUUUACACGUUCUUGUGCUGGCUACUGUGUCGCUACCUUUAUACUGGGCAUUGGUGAUCGCCACAACAGUAACAUCAUGGUGAAAGAUGAUGGACAACUGUUUCAUAUUGACUUUGGCCACUUCCUUGACCACAAGAAGAAGAAAUUUGGCUACAAAAGAGAGCGUGUGCCCUUUGUCUUAACACAGGACUUUUUAAUAGUGAUUAGUAAAGGAGCCCAAGAAUGUACCAAAACAAGGGAGUUUGAAAGGUUUCAAGAGAUGUGUUAUAAGGCAUAUCUAGCAAUUCGGCAGCAUGCCAAUCUGUUCAUAAAUCUCUUCUCCAUGAUGCUUGGCUCAGGAAUGCCAGAACUGCAGUCCUUUGACGAUAUUGCAUACAUUCGAAAGACCCUUGCAUUGGACAAAACUGAGCAGGAAGCUCUUGAGUACUUCAUGAAGCAAAUGAAUGAUGCUCACCAUGGUGGCUGGACAACAAAAAUGGACUGGAUCUUCCACACAAUAAAGCAACAUGCUUUGAACUGAAAUGAAAGUGAAGAAAACAACUAAUAACCCGCUUUGUGGGUACUACACUGUUAAUACCUGUUAGCAGCAAAGACUGGUUGCAUAGGAAUUGCACAAACCAUGAAUGAUAUUAGAACUUAUGGCAAGAAAAAAGACAAACUGUUCAGACAACUGUUGAAAAACAAUGUAAAACAGGGUUUCAGAUAGCACUAAAAUUGUACACUUUGAAAAUUAAGCUUUAGUAUGAUGUGUGACUUCAUGUUAUGCCUUAAGCCCAAAAAGGUAAACUUUGGAAGAAUGUUUCCUUUUUUCAUUUGAUAGGAUAAAUUAGAAGGAAAAAGAAAAUAGUGCCAGCAUGAAUAUAGAGUCCAUCACAUAUUACCUUAGGUCUGGUACAGCAGGUAGAGACUAUGCUGGACUGAGAAGCAUUGAAAGAAAGUUCAAGUGGUAGUUAAUAUUUAAAUGCAGUGUAGUUUGAAGGGAAGGAGUUUAAGCUCAAAGAUCUAAAAAUAGUGAGAGGACAGUGCCUUUUAAAUGUGCUCAGAGGCAUUAACAUACAUGGGGUUUAGAUGAUCCUUUGAUUUCUGGGUCUGUCAUCUGCACAGUUUCAGAAAGCAGUAGGAAAUAGGCCCAUUCAGUAUGGUGUUUCUUCUGCUCAGUAUUUCUAGGGGUGCAAUUCAUACUUUCACAAAAAAAACUUUUCUUAUCAUCCCCCAAAACUGACUAACCUGGAAACUGAAUGGUCAGAAUUGGGUUUAGUGCAACAAAGAAUUGUAGUGUUCAUCUUAGGUUUGCUUUAAUCUAACUUGAACUGAAUAGAUUUUUUUCAUACAUGUUUUCCAAGAACCUAAAAAAAAAAAAGGUGAGUUAUUAAAAUUAUUGAAAGAUUAUUUUUUUAUAAAGGCUAUUUAUAUAAUAGGAACUAUUAUUAAUAUAUAUUCUUUAUUUACAUGAUUUGUCCAAUAUUCACUCUUUUAAUUUUGCAGCCCAGUUCUAUCUGUCCAAGGCUCCCAUUUCCCUUAAUGUCACUGAAGGUGACCAGUUAUAGGACCAAAUUCAACCCUGGUGAAAGAGGACACAAGUGCCAUUGAAGUGGUGGGAGACACACCCACUAAUGCCAGAGGUGAACUUGGCCUAAGACUCUUUAAAAAAAUAAUUAAUAAAAAUUAGGACAACUCUUCACAUUACUGAAGUGAUAUGCUGGCUAUUCAAGGAACGUAUGUUUAAACCCUCAACUUUUGGGUCCAUCAUUUCUCCUCUUUCUUCCUCCGCUCUGGAAGUGGUUGUUUAAUCCAGUAACCAAUACAUCAGAAAUAGUUGUUUAGAUUUUCAAUAUGAUCAGUAAUAAGCAGUUCAACAUGCAGCAGAUAUGUUGGCUAGCUCAAAGCAUGUGGAGUUAGCAAACUUUAUAGCUUUGUCUGUUUUGUGUGUGUGUAAUAUAUAUAUAUUUGUAAAGCUAGUUGUUGUCCUCCAACACAAUUAUGACGUGUGCAAUCAGUCAAAUUGGCACCACUUUUUUUUGAAACUGUUCAGAGUAAGAAGGAUGUCAGAUUGCCCUCAUGCACAACUUCAGGUAGGACUGUUUUUCUAACUACUAAAAAGGUUGUUUCUUUUUUUAAUUAGUGAAACCCAUGAUUCUGAGGGUGACGUUUACCCUAACAUUUUAAGCUUGCUAGAUUGGCAGCACUUGAAGUGAAUUCCAAAGGUCUGGGGCUUUCAGGGUUUCAACUCAUUCACUUCCAAACACACACCAAGGUGCCACUCAAAAAGUGCAAUACCACAUGUAAUAUAAAAUAUGCUGACAGCUGGUGUUAGAUUAGAAUAUAAGUAUAUAAAUAAACUGUACUUUGUGCAGGCUGUACUGAUGAGGUAAUGAGUGGUUGGCUUAAUUUAGCAAAUUGUAAUAUAUUAAAAAUGUGCAAUCAAUUACAUUAUGAAAGACUUUGGGGAUUGUAAAGCCAGGAUUUUGGUUUUUGAAGAUCCUUUCAUAGUCAAGCUCUUACAGUUAAUUACUGUACACAUAGAUACUUGACAAUGUUUUGGGGGGAAGCUGUCUUUGAAAACUACAGAAGUUCCAAGAAUAGUGUGGGAAAUGUGAAGUUUUAUUUCCUUAGUUCUACUAAACCCUUUGGAGUAGUCCAACAGACUUCCCAUUAUUCUUCGACUGUUACAUAUUCCUUUUUUUCAUAUGAAUAUUUUUACUCCUGCUAACCUUGGUCAUAUUUUCUAGAGCAAAAUUACUUUUGUACAUAUUACUUUGCAGUCAACACUAAUGGUGUAGCUCUUUGAAAACAUAGCUUUGUUUCAAUGAGUUUCAACUGUUUUGUUUGCGAAAUCUGAAACCCUGUUGGCUAUAACUCUUAAUUUAACAGAGUAAAAUUGUUGCACAAAUGCCACAUUAGGUGCUAUAUUAUUAUUUAUCUAUACUGAAACGUUUUGCUUUUUUUUAUAUAAGAGGAUGGUUGGACUUUUCCAACCAACAUGGAAAGAUGAACUCAAAUCUCUUGCAUCCUAUGAGCCCACCUUCUUUUGUACUUUACCCCUUCUCAACCAUAUACUUGUGUAAAUAUGGGUAUAAAUGUCUUUCAGUUCAAGCAUACAGUGUUUUGCACCCUUUUUGCACAAACAGAAAGGUAUGAGGAAUCAGGCUCUGUUUCCAAAACUUACUGCGACUAAAUGCUGUGCAUGAGCUGUAGAAGUUCAUAUGGACAUCAAAUAAUAAAAGAAAGGAAACGUAGUGAUAUAGACAUACUGUGAUGCGGGGUAAUUAUAGUUGUUUUUUUUAAAGGGGGAAGAUAAUGGGUGUUAAGAUAUUGUCCCUACUGUAACCAAGAUGGGCAUUUGGAAAACAUUCUGCUGGUGUUUCAGGGGGGGAAAAGGUUUUUCAGCUACAAAGCAUUUAAUACUAAUUACCUUACCUUGUUAUGCUACUUUUCUCUGAUAUAAAUUCACUGAAGAUAAUGGAGUUACUAUUGACUUAGGUUGAUGUAAAUAGGGUGAUGUCAUCUAUUCUCAGUAUCAGAAAAAGAUCUGCUUAUGGACUGUGAAAGCACCUGUAACUGAGCUCUAGAUUGUUUUGGAUUGCUUAGAAUUGGAAUUUCUACUUUCUUUAACUAUUCCCACUUCAUGGGCAUUGGAAGAUGUUCCCUUUAUUCUGAGUAUCAAACGCACAAAGCACUAAGCAGCUCGUAUCGAGCUUGAGUUAAACCUGAACACCUUGUUCCUGCCAAACUUUGUAGGAAAACUGCUGGAGCAAGGAGCCCAGGGCUGGGCUGUACGUGUUAUUGCAAAGCAUUAGGAAGAAAUUAGUGAAAUAUCACUUUAAAGCCUAACCUCAUCAACUGUGAAGCUAGUCAUGUUUGAUUUAAUGACAAUUGAAGCAGGUUGCUGCUGAUGAGUUUUUCUUAAAAUAAAUUCUUUGCUUUUCUGGAGGUAGCUCAAGAAGCACCUCUGACUUAUGCACAGUUUCUGUUCAGAAGGAGUGCAUUUGCAGGUUUUUUCAGACGUACUUUCAGUAUAAAUUGGGGGAGAGGAAGGCAUUUAAGUAUUUAAAUAAAACCAAAAUUGUCGGUGCUUUGGUAUCCUGUGGAGAAGAUAAGUCUGCAUACUAAAGGCAAUAGAGAAAUGACCGAGCUCAUAGAGAACUCUGUAUGUGCUUACCCUGUUGCUGGUCUUCUGGAGGGUUGGUUUGGUUUUUCAGCUUUCCUUUCCAUGUAAAGUGUUAAAAGCCCUUUAGCAGUCAGUAGCAUGUUUGUUGACAACCUGAAGGCACUUUCUUUGUCAUUCUACAACUGGCAUGUUCCUUGUCAUUUAAUAACUGGCGCGUUCCAGCACCUGUUCUAAAUAAUAAUUGUGAAUUCAUCCUGUUUUGCAUGUCUGUACAGGUUGCAGACGUGGGCUGGGCCCAAUCAAAAAAAAAAAAAAAAACAAAAAUGAAGCCACUGAAAUUACUGUUCUGUUGAUGUCUUUGACAUUUUUAAGAUAUUACAAGUUAAUGAAAAUGGUGUGGUAUUACAGAGAGAACUGUAAUUUGCUGCUUCUGAGAUUUUUUUUAAUUUCCAUGCUUUUUUUUAUUUUUGUUUUAGUUUUAUUUGAAAAGAACCACCACACUUUCAUUGUUGGUUUUAUUUGGCUUUCAUUUGUUUUUUAAUACUACGUAGCUGUAGAUAUCGUUGCAGUUUGUUGAAUUUCCACUUCAAUUUUGUAAUAUAUGUUUCAUACAAAUAAUGAAUUUUUCUUUUCUUUUUGUCUCAGUUUAGGGUAAGGUUCUCUCUGUCCAAAAUGAUGGGUGGGUAGCUCACCACCUAGCCGUGCAGCUGAUGGUGUGUGGGUUGGUUUUUAACCUGUGUUCUUGAGGGAAGCCAACUGGAAACUGCAUACAGAAGUUUUCAGUUUGCAUACACUAACCAAGUCUAGAUGCCCUGGUCUUUGGGAAAUUCUGGUUUCACUGUGUGCAGAUAUAACACAGAUUUCAUUAGGAACAGAUGCGCAACAGUACAUGAAAUCAGAAUUAGGCUCUGCGUAUAUUGAAGUCCCUGACUACUUGUUCUUAUGAUUCAGUAAGAAGGGUGCUCUUUUAAUGACAGGAAUGGGUACUAGCUGUCUGAUUAAAUCCUUGACUGUUUUAUUUGGAAAUAGUCUUUCUUUAUGAACUAGCCUUUUUAGCUCUCUAAUUCAUAACUGUGGUUAUUUGGUUUGUAGUAGCAUUUUAUCUGUGGGACUUCAAAGUUUAUUGCUUAUUACCUAAAAGAGAACUCUUAAAUGUUUCCUCUUCCUACUCUUUCACGGUAUUAAGACUUGCGAACCCACACUCGGGAGAAAUACAGUUGUUCUUAAUGCACUAUUUAGAGUACAGUGUUCUUAACUUCUGAGCUUUAUGAGGCAGAAUUCAAAAGUACAAGAUGUGCUGUUAGCUUUCCUGACCGCAGUACAGAGGUGGGGCCCCCCUGUCCACAUUCCUUCCUUCUCCAGCACCCCUCUCCCUGCAAAUGGACAUGCCCGUAGUCUAAGAACAACUUAAAAUAUUUGCAAGAGAAGAUUAAUUUAAGCAAUGCUUUGUCUGUUAGCUUUCCUACUGAUUUGCAUUAAUGUCUUAAGUGUCCUUGCUGUCAUUUCUAUAUGUGAUACAAUUUUUUUUUUCAGCAUGAGGAAGGCCAAAAAAUACACUAUCUUGACUUCUGAAGUUCUGGUGCCAAUUCCCCAGUAGCUAUAAAAUAGUUUAGGAUCCAUUUAGCUCCAUGUAACACUAGCAAUUUAAUUAGGAACCUGUUCCAGUAUUAGAAUUACUCCCAGUUAAACUUGACAAUUGUACUGCUGAAGUUACUGAAAGCCUGAUUCAAGCAGAAGCUCUGUCUCUCAAGGCUCUUGCAUCUGCCGUAGUUCAGUCCAUGAGGUCCAAGAUGUGUGUGUUUCCACCGAAUGGUCUAAUUUUGCUUUGUUUCAUUGGUCUGUAUACACUUGCUCAAUUCCCAGGAUUUAGUAAUAGGGUUCUAAAGUCUAAAUUAUCAACUGUACCAGGCUGUCCUGACUUGUCUUACUGUUUCAUUUGGGGCAGGAGUGAGAGGAAGGGAGGAAAGAGAUGAAUUACUGUCUUACAGCCACUGUGGUCACAUUUAUCUUUUUUUGUGUGUGUGAAUAUAAAUAUAUAAUUUCAUCAUCUGGGAGUGUCAUCCUCUCUCUCCCCUUUCCCCUAUUCCACCUCUGCAAGUUUUAACUGUCAAUAGCCACAUACACUACCAAAAUUCCUUUGCCUGCUGGAGAAAAGGAUGUUGAAAAAGAACAACGUAGGGCUGCAGCCUGAUAUCCCGGGUUCCUAUGUUUGAAGUUUUGAAAGUAUUGCUGUCGCUGCUACCAGUACUGUGACAGCAAGAGUUGUCACAGAAUUGCACAGAACUGAGGUUGUCAGGGACCUCUAGAGAUCAUCCAGUCUGACUGCCCUGUUUGAUGCAGGGUCAGCUAGAGCCGGCUGCCCCGGCCACCUCAAAGAGGAUUCACACUAAAAGCUUUUUCUUAAUGUUUCAAUGAAAUUCCCUCUAUUUCAUUGCCUAAUGUUCUUAUGUGUAGGGCACCAAAAAGAGCCUUGCCUGUCUUCUUUACCCCCCCCUCCGUCAGGUAUGUGUAUAUACUGACAAGGUGCCCUUGAGCUUUCCCUUCACCAGUCUAAACACUCCCAGUUCUCAGUCUCACACUGUAGGUAUCCUGUGUCUUUAUGGCUCUUUACUGGACCAGCUCCAGUAUGUCCAUGUCUCUUCUACUGGGCAGCCCAGCAGUGCUGGUUUGGUCUCCCCAGUGCUGAGCAGAGGAUCAGGGAUCGCCUCCCUUGACCAGGAUUCUGCUGGCAUUUGGCAUAGACAGAGACCGGGAGCAUGUAUUCUCUUGAUGCUUAUGCUGCUUUAUUGAAGCUAGUGGCAGUUUGUGUCUGCAUCAAAAAAGAGAGUAUAAACACCCACCAGUGUUGAAUACCUUUUUAAAACAAGACAGUUAUCUUUGAAAUAACCACUAUGGGGGGCGGGGGGGGGGGGGAUGUUGGGGUGUGUAUGUCAUUCUGUAAUACAGGUCCUGUGGUAAAAUAGCUAGAAAACAAGAAAUUUUUAGUAAUAAUGGGCCAAAACAAGUUUAAGAUAUGCAGUAAGAUGCAUGAAUUGUUGUACUGAGAGAGUCUUGCAGUACAUUUAAAGAAAAACAAUCCCUUCUGCUGUGCUACUCCAGUAACAAGCAAACUUUUUGGCCUGUGACACUUAAUUGUAGUUCAUGUUCAUGGGAAACUGUAAAAAGUCUUUUUAUUUAUCUCCGUCGUCUGUAUCACAUGCUGUUAAUUAAAAAUAUACUACUUGGGGUUUUUAUCACACUGUUGAGUGUUACUGUACAUAGUAAAAACUAAAUUAAAAUAAUAUGGUUGGUA